AGAGAGCAACAGAGAGAGUCACGCUUACAAGCUAGAGAAGAGACGUCAAGAGGAGGAUCCGAAGAGCAGGGAAAAAAUCCUUCCCUCCUUUCUGCUGCCUCUCUUCGUUGCGUCCUACAGGCAGCAAGGAGCGAAGAGGAGUGAGGAGGAUCCGGCUGGCAUUUUUUUUUCCUGCACCGCUUCUCUGCUAUUUCUGCGGCUUUAUCACAGUGCGGUCAACGCAGGGAGAGCCGCAGAGAGCUCGAUCAGUGACAUCGCUCCGCAGCAGAAGAGUAGCAGAGACAAGCUGGGAUGCUUAACAACCUGACGGACGCAGAGGAGGGGGACGGAGGAGCGCAGAGCCAGGGUGAUAAUAACCCAAAGGAGAGCAGCCCCUUUAUCAACAGUAGCGAUGCUGCCGCAGAAAAGAGCCAGCAGUACGAUGGCAAGAACAUGGCCUUGUUUGAGGAGGAGAUGGACACCAGCCCGAUGGUGUCAUCUCUCCUCAGCAGUCUGGCCAACUACUCCAACUUGCCUCAAGGCAGCAAAGAGCAUGAAGAAGCGGAGAACAAUGAGGCUGAGUCAGCACGCAAGAAACCGGUUAAGGCACCCCAGCUCGGCACUCUGAUGGGUGUCUAUCUUCCGUGCAUCCAGAACAUCUUCGGAGUGAUCCUCUUCCUCAGGAUGACGUGGUUGGUGGGAAUUGGAGGCGUCAUCGGGACAUUUAUCAUCGUUUUCAUGUGCUGUGCCACGACCAUGCUGACUGCCAUCUCGAUGAGCGCCAUCGCCACCAAUGGAGUAGUGCCAGCUGGGGGCUCCUACUACAUGAUCUCCCGCUCGCUGGGCCCUGAGUUUGGGGGAGCUGUGGGGAUCUGUUUCUACCUGGGAACCACCUAUGCUGGAGCCAUGUACAUCCUGGGAGCCAUCGAGCUACUCCUGAUCUACAUAGCGCCCAAAGCGGCCAUCUUUCCCCUGGAGGGCCUGGAGGGUGCUGAAGCAGAGGCCGCCCUGCUGAACAACAUGCGCGUGUACGGGACCAUCCUGUUGACCUCCAUGGCCACCGUUGUCUUUGUCGGCGUGAAAUACGUCAACAAGCUGGCCCUGGUGUUUCUGGCCUGCGUCAUCCUCUCCAUCUUGGCCGUUUAUGCCGGCGUCAUCAAGACGGGCAUCGAACCUCCAGUUUUCCCAGUGUGUCUUCUUGGAAAUCGCACGUUGAUGUCAAAGGCCUUUGAUGUUUGCGCCAAGACUGUAGAGACGGCUAACGGGACGGUCACCACCCAGCUCUGGCGCCUGUUUUGUGACUCGCCUUUUCUCAAUGCGACCUGCGACUCGUACUUUGCCGCCAACAAUGUGACUCAGAUCCAGGGGAUUCCCGGGAUCACCAGUGGAAUCCUGGCAGAGAACUUGUUUGGAACCUAUUACGAGAAGGGAGACUUGAUUGACAGGAGAAACAUGGAGUCAGUUGAGGACCCGGACGACCCUCUAACCAAUGCUAACCGCUACGUGUUGGCUGACAUCACCAGCUUUUUCACACUGCUGGUUGGGAUUUACUUCCCAUCAGUAACAGGAAUCAUGGCCGGCUCCAACCGCUCUGGGGAUCUGCGUGACGCUCAAAAGUCAAUUCCCAUUGGAACCAUCGCGGCCAUCACCACCACCUCCACUGUCUACAUGUCCAGUGUGAUUCUGUUUGGUGCCUGCAUUGAGGGCGUUGUCCUCCGGGACAAGUUUGGAGAGGGUGUUCAUGGGAACUUGGUGAUCGGUACUUUAGCCUGGCCGUCGCCAUGGGUGAUUGUGAUUGGUUCGUUCUUCUCCACCUGUGGGGCGGGCCUCCAGAGCUUGACGGGAGCUCCUCGACUCCUGCAGGCCAUCGCCAAAGACGGCAUCGUGCCAGCUCUCCGAAUCUUUGGACAUGGAAAGGCCAACGGUGAACCAACAUGGUCCCUGCUGCUCACAGCCUGUAUUUGUGAGAGCGGCAUCCUGAUCGCCUCCCUGGAUUCAGUGGCUCCAAUCCUCUCCAUGUUCUUCCUGAUGUGCUACAUGUUUGUGAACCUGGCAUGUGCCCUUCAGACGCUGCUGAGGACUCCAAACUGGAGACCUCGCUUCAAGUUCUACCACUGGGCUCUGUCCUUUCUGGGGAUGAGCUUGUGCCUCACUUUGAUGUUUCUCUGCUCUUGGUACUAUGCCAUUGUCGCAAUGGUGAUUGCAGGCUCCAUCUACAAGUACAUUGAGUUUGCAGGUGCUGAGAAAGAAUGGGGCGACGGUAUCCGUGGUCUGUCUCUGAGCGCUGCGCGUUACGCUCUCAUGCGGCUGGAGGAAGGUCCGCCGCACACCAAGAACUGGAGGCCGCAGCUGCUGGUGCUGGUUAGCACAGACGCAGAGCAAAACGUGGAGCAGCCUCGCCUGCUGUCUCUCACCAACCAGCUGAAGGCCGGCAAAGGUCUGACCAUCGUUGGGACCGCUCUCGAGGGCACCUAUUUGGAGAACUACGAACAAGCCCAGCGUGCAGAGCAGUCUCUGCGUAAACUGAUGGAGACCGAGAAGGUGAAGGGCUUCUGCCAGGUGACCGUAUCCUCCAACCUCCGUGACGCCACGUCCCAUCUGCUCCAGGCCAGCGGGCUGGGGGGCCUGAAACACAAUGCCGUUCUGGUCUCCUGGCCUCGCAACUGGAAGCAAGCAGAUGAUCACCAGACCUGGAGGAACUUGAUCGAGCUGGUCAGAGAAACCACCACGGCUCGCCUCGCUCUGCUGGUGCCCAAGAACAUCUCGGCCUUCCCGUCCAACAGCGAGCGCUUCACCGAGGGCCACAUCGACGUGUGGUGGAUCGUGCACGACGGAGGCAUGUUGAUGCUGCUGCCCUUCCUGCUCCGCCAGCACAAGGUCUGGAGGAAGUGCAAGAUGCGCAUCUUCACUGUUGCCCAGUUGGACGACAACAGCAUCCAGAUGAAGAAGGACCUGACCACAUUCCUGUAUCACCUCCGUAUCGACGCCAUGGUAGAGGUCGUGGAAAUGCAUGACAGUGACAUCUCAGCCUAUACUUACGAGAAGACCCUGGUGAUGGAGCAGCGGUCCCAGAUGCUCAAGCAGAUCAACCUGACCAAGACCGAGCGAGAAAGAGAGAUCCAGAGCAUCACAGAUUCAUCCCGAGGCUCAAUCCGCCGCAAGAACCCGGCCGCCGUGACCACCCAGCUGAGUGUGACAGAGGAGCCCGCUGCGACUAGCAAGGAGGAGAAGCCUGAAGAGGAGGUCCAGCUCAUCCACGACAACACCACCCCGGCCAGCCCUGCCACCCCGGCCACCCCGCUGACUCCUGGAGAGGGGGCCCAGAGCCCCGGGGAGCAGAUCCAGAUGACUUGGACCGAGAAGUGUGACGGCGAGCCGGCCAAGCCUCCGGGAGCCGCCACACCAGAGGGCAUCAAGGACAUCUUCAACAUGAAGCCGGAAUGGGAGAACCUGAAUCAGUCUAACGUGAGGCGCAUGCACACGGCGCUGCGGCUGAACGAGGUCAUCCUGAAAAAGUCCUCUGAAGCCAGACUGGUCCUCCUCAACAUGCCGGGGGCCCCCAAGAACCGGACGGGAGACGAGCACUACAUGGAGUUCCUGGAGGUUCUCACUGAGGGCCUGAACCGGGUCCUGCUGGUCCGCGGGGGCGGCCGCGAGGUCAUCACCAUUUACUCCUGAAAGAGCAGCCCCCCCCUUCCAGCCCAAACAAAUGCUCCUUAAAUGUAUCCCCCCCCCUCGUCCCCGCUAGUGUGUGCCAUCUAUUGCAUUGACUGUGUGAGGAGGAGACGCGGCGGUGGGUGUGAGCGUGCAUGCGUGCGUCCGUCCGUCUGUGUUUGUUUUAACCUCUGCAGCUUCUUUCCAAACCCGAGCGUCGGAACAGCAGCGGGUUCUGCUCGGAACGAGGGGAGGAGCUCAGCGUCUGACUGUCUGUUUAGUGUCCUGGCGGCGAUGGGACACCCCGCACAGCUUGUCGUAUCAGAUGUGAAUUUUCUAUUCAAAAGCAACGGACUCACGGUCAGGACCACCAGCAGGAGGAAGGAGGAGAGUACAGCUGUGAAGUAGGAACUGUGAAAUCCACAAAAAACUGGAACCAGAAGGAGAUGUUAUUCCAAGCUGCAACACACUCACAGCUGUGUGUGUUUUUAGUCCACUUGUUGUGUUACUGCCAUCACAGUUUCACCCUUCAACUUUAGUGGCUGUUUAUUCACGUGGCCACUGUCUGUGCCAAAAAAAAAAAUAAGAUGAAGGCGAGCUUUGUUAGUUUGACUAAACUGUGAAUAGCUGGUGAGGAUGACCACCCCCUCCUCCACUCCCGUCAGACUGUAAAUAGUGUACAAGCAUCUGGCGCGUCGUUUGGUACGAGUGUAGUAUUUUUGUGACAAACUUUGGAGAGCAAAAAAAAAACCGCUUGUAGUGGAGAGAAAACGGUUCGUUUAAAGGGACAAAAACAAACAAAAAAAAGUAUUUAUUUAUUGCAAAUAUUUAUUGGGUGGCAUCAGUUCCUGUCACUAUGGCAACCGUCUUUAUAAGCACUGCACCUGCACUGCUCGCCGCCGCGCGACACGUGAAAUUUUUGAUGAUUUUAUCAAACCCAUGAGGAAACACUAAAUGUUAUUUUUCCACGUCGAGAACAUAAUAUGUAUUUGUGUUUACUAACGAGGCGUUAUACAUAUUAAUAAAAUAGUUGUGUCAUUAAAAAAAAAAAAAUUACUGCUUUGCCAAAUUUUAGAUGUGCCAUAAGAUAGUAUAUUCCAAAGAGGAAACAAAAUAAUUUAAGGAGUUUUAAUUUAAAUUUAAAAAAUAGAAAAUGGUCCUGCAAAGUCGGGAGAGAAAACGCAACAUUUCUGUAGCUCACAUGAAUGACCUCUAUGCAGUAGGUUCUCCUGUCCUAAAAAUGUGAGCCGCUCCCCCUCAUCCCCACGGAACCACACGUGAGCAAAACCACAAAACUUUGAAAUCUCGGAAGGAAUGUGCAAUAGUUGAAAUCUGGACUGGCAUGAUCAUGUUAUUUAUUUUUUUAACACAUAUAUUUUGUAUAUGUAGAUUUGGUAAGUCAUGUGCAAUCUCACUCUGACCAAGAGACAGCAGUCACUUUACCUUUCAUCGGCCAUUCUUUUCUUGAAGACGAUAUUUUUGGUCAUUUGCACUCGUAGAUUAAUAAUAAAUACAUUUAUAUGAAUAUAUAUAAAUAUAUAUAAAUAAAUAUAUGUGAAAUAUAGAGGAGCAAAACAAAGCUAGUUUUUAGAACUAUGAAAAAAGCAUAUUUAAUGUUUUUAGUGUUGCUUGAAUGUCCGAUCAUAUGUUGUGAAUGCUGCUAGUAUAUAUAAAUAUAUAUAUAUAUAGGUUUAUUUGUACUGUAAAUAGAGGUGAGUGGUUCAACAAAAAGGGUACAGAUAUACAUAUCAGUGGUGGUUACCAAACACGACCAGGCUGUACUGAUCUCUAGACAGGGUUAGCUUUCUGUUCAAAACGACAAAAAACGAAUGAUGCAAUAUUACACCCACCCACCCCCCCACGCGCUUUUAUCUUCAAGAUUACAAUCUUUAUCACCACAACUGAAGAAAAGCAACUUUACCAAAGCAGAAUUUUAAUUUCUGCGGCAUGUUUCCUUUUUGACGCUGAUGUGUUUUGAAUUAAAGCGUUUCAAUUUAAAAAAAAAAAAAAAAAAGAAACUACCUUUGACACCUGAAGACUUAACAAGAAGCCACUCCUAGUUCUCAGAGAUUUCGGGGUGCCGGGUCGUGUGGAUCUUCUUUUCACUCGGUCGUCGCUGAAACAGUGGGGUUUUUGAAGAGGAAAAGUUCUUUUUUUUGGGAUCGUCUACCACAUUGUCUGCAUCAUCUGAGCCUUUUAGAUUUAUCCAUAAGAUGAGAUAUAUGAUGUUUAUUGGAAAAAAGUUUAUCGGAAAUGAAUUUAUUUAUUGAAUUCUAAAUGUUUUAUAAUUGCUGUUUGCAUGGUACUAUGUGGCAAUAUUUGUUUUUAGUGGUUUCUUAUAGUGAUGUUCACGGUGCAGCGCAGGAGCGAAAGGCCAGUCGGUCCCAACAAGUUACAAGAAUUUGGGAACUGCACUCGGCAACAAGACCAGACCUCGAGAAAACAAGCCUUUUAUUUUUAUUUUAGUCUUUUGGAAAAAAGUGAGAAAAAAAAGUGUGACUUCACUAUAUCGUUACUUGUUAUAUUUCAAUCUUGCUGAAGUAGUCUUAUGUAACGUAACAGGAGAUUUUGAGUUUGCAAAUAGAUGAGCCUUAGAUGGGUCAUUUCACUUUUGUAUAUAUAGAUAUCACUUAAGUCAGAGACACUGUAACCUACUAGUGUUGUCUUUUGUUGUACACUGUUCUAUCACUGUGGACGCAGUCUUUGUAAAACCAUGUGCAAUAUUUUUCCCCCUCAUUAGGUUUCUUUAGUGGGUUGUGUUUUUUGUUGGGCGGAGUCUCUGACAUCAUCAUCUUUUGGGUCCAUGAAGGACAAAAAAAGGCAGAGAGGACGCUCUGUGACAAUCUGCAGCAGUGGAGCUCCACUCUGCACCGUUCCACAGUGACCUCUGGUGGCGGAAGAAUGUAUUACAUCCAGAAAUCCCAGAACGUCAGAGACCUGCCCAUUUUUUUUUUCUUUCUACAACAUUUAAGUUGUUUCUCUUUGCCACUUUUAUUUAUAAGGGAAAAAAAUAGUGCUUGUCACUUUUUUCUUUGAGAUGAGCCCUCCCAGAACCCUUCUGAGAUCAUACUUACCCCCCUGACUCCAUGGUCUCCACCCCAUCCCAGCCACAGUCCACCCCAGCUCUGUAUUUUAAAUGUGACUGCAGUAUAAUUCAGAAAAAUGAUCAAAGAAUAUAAAACUUGCGCUUCCAAUCCUGGUACUGGCUCUGCUUGGACACAUGUCGGAUAGUCGACUUAAGAAAAAAACCAGCAUGUCCUCCUUCUUCUCUCCCCCCUUUCCCCAGCUGAAUCCAAUGAUCUAGACCAGAUCCUUUUUGCCUGCACAACUGUAGCAUGAGACAAACCAAUCGCUGGUCAUUCUUCAAGUCUCCAUCCUUCAAUGGAAUAUAAAGGGCUCUGAAACACUUCUGUUACCAGGUUGAAGAGGCUUUUUUUUUCUGUUCAGACAUCAACUGAGAACAAAGAAAAGAAAAGAACAUCCCCGACUCUCUAAGAGAAGGCAGACGGUCUUCAGGAGACAGACAGGCCUGCAGCAGCACCUACACUUCACACAGUAGACAAACCGGAGCGGCUAUCCGCGCAGUGCAAGCAGAGCCACAUCCCAGUUAUGUUGUGUAACUCAGUGCAUGCAUGCAACUACCCUGAUGAAGGUGUGCUGAAAAUAUAUUGGGUGUUUGUGAUAUAUUGUUUAUACUGGUCAGAAACUUUGCUUUCUAUUAGUAUAGUUUCCUCUUUCCAUAGGACUGGCCUAUAGAAGAUAAAAAUGAUACGUUUUUUAUUAUUAUUUUAUGGUAGAUCGGUCAACAAGGUCCUCUUUGUGUUAUCAGCAGGUAAAAUUACCAAAGUACACUUUUUGUUUGAUGACGCAACGUGACAGUAAACUAAAGGCAGACACGGACAGUAAAAAAUGUGAUAAAAUCCUGAAAGUUUGAUUCUAUUUAUGUAUAAGACUAGCAGAGGAUGCUGUGUCCAUCACCUCUGAGCAGCUUUUGAACUCCGUCUUCUCGUUUUGACCUCAGAAAGUUCGUCUUUAGUUCACUGUGACAGCUGGAAACAUUUUGAAUGCUUGUAGCAGCAAACAAAAUGUUCCUCCAGAGCGUCUGGAGUUUUCUUUCGGCGUGAGCAGUCUCAUGGUAGAGCUGUAGUUUUGUUUCAGUUCUGUGGGAGUGGGUGUGUGCGUGUUUUACUUGUUGCACCUGGAACUGCUGGGAGCAGGGGGUGGUUAUGGGCGAGGGUGGGCGGGGCUAUGUGUAAAUAAAUAGUGUGGAGGUGUUUAUUUUCUGUGUCAGUGUAAGUUAAAUAUUCUAAAAUAAAAGAACCUGUAUUAUUCUC